CCAGCACCGGGACGUCUCUCCAUCUGGCCAACUCGCGCACCUGUCUGAGUUGCCUACAUCGGCUGAUAAUCUAGUAGAAAAAUAUGGCCUGCCUUGUGAGAAUUUUUCUGACCAAGGAUGAUGAAUAUUUCUGGUAACAUGAUUUCAGUCCCCUCAGUAUAAGCUGGAGCUUUGAAUUGAUGAUUGAAAGCCCAUUCUGGAACAGGAGGUAAUACUAGUGCUUUGACAAAAGAGCAGAAUAAAAAAAGAGUAAAUCAUGUCGGAGAUACUAGACCUCUCUUUUCUGUCUGAGAUGGAAAGGGAUUUGAUCCUUAAUGUUCUGCAACGAGAUGAAGAGCUCCGGAAAGCAGAUGAAAAAAGAAUUAGGCGACUGAAGAAUGAGUUACUGGAGAUAAAAAGGAAAGGGGCCAAAAGAGGCAGUCAACACUACAGUGAUCGCACCUGUGCCCGAUGCCAGGAGAACUUGGGUCGAUUUACUCCUAAAACUAACACAUGUCGGGGUUGUAAUCACUUUGUGUGUCGAGACUGCCGAAUCCAGGAGAACAAUGGUACCUGGAGAUGCAAAGUAUGCACCAAGGAAUUAGAAUUGAAGAUGGCAACUGGAGAUUGGUUUUAUGACCAGAAAGUGAAUCGUUUUGAUUACCAUACAGGAAGUGAGAUUAUUAGGAUGUCUCUGCGCCGCAAACUUGCAGUGAAUAGAAGAGAGACAGUGCCACAGUCUCUCCUUCACCAGUCAGAAGUGGGCAGUAGCUGGCCUGGGAGAAAGAUCAUUCAGGAACAACAUAAGGAUCCCAGUUUUAAUUCCAGUUUGCCAUUUGAAGUGCCUAAGCUGAAAAGUGGAAAGAAUGUACUUGAAGCUGAGAGUGAGAGUCUGGAUAGCUACACAGCUGACUCUGAUAGCAUAUCCAGGAGAGACUCUCUGGAUAAAUCUAGCCUCUUUCCAGAGUGGAAGAAGAUGUCUAACCACAAAUCUCAAGUACCCAUGGUUAUGGAAAUUACAACUGGGGAUCAAAAUGUUAUGUCUGUUGAUGAGAGUGAAAUGAUUUUUAAGAAGAACACAAGAAAAUUACUUAGACCUUCAGAAUAUACUAAAUCUGUGAUUGAUCUUCGUCUGGAAGAUAUGGAGCAAGAAUGUAGUUCUUUGGGAGAUAGAAGCAAAUCUGUCCCAGGCCUCAAUGUGGAUAUGGAAGAGGAAGAAGAUGCAGAAGAAGAGGAUAUUGACCACUUAGUAAAUUUGCAUCGCCAGAAGCUAGCCAGAAGCAGCAUGGGAAGUGGCUCUUCUAUGAGUACAAUUGGAAGCAUGAUGAGCAUCUAUAGUGAAGCUGGUGAUUUUGGGAACAUCUUUGUGACUGGCAAGAUUUCCUUUUCCCUGAAGUAUGAACAGCAGAUACAGACUCUGGUUAUCUAUGUGAAGGAAUGCCACCAGCUGGCCUAUGCUGAUUCAGCCAAGAAGCACUCUAACCCGUAUGUGAAGACAUAUCUUCUGCCUGAUAAGUCCCGCCAAGGAAAAAGAAAAACCAGCAUUAAACGGGACACUAUCAAUCCACUAUACGAAGAGGUUCUUAAAUAUGAGAUCUCAGAAUCUUUCCUGACCCAGAGGACUUUGCAGUUCUCUGUUUGGCAUCAUGGUCGCUUUGGCAGAAACACUUUCCUUGGAGAGGCAGAGGUCCAUUUGGAUUCCUGGGUGCUUGAUAAGAAACUGGAUCAUUGCCUCCCUUUACAUGGAAAGAGCAGUGCUGAGUCCCUGAUUGGCUUGCCAUCACACAAAGGCGAGUUGGUGGUUUCAUUGAAAUACAUCCCAUCCUCCAAACUCCCCAAUGGAAGUGACCGGAAAAAGAGUAAAGGUGGGGAAGGGGGAGAGCUCCAGGUGUGGAUCAAAGAAGCCAAGAACCUGACUGCUGCCAAAUCAGGAGGAACUUCAGACAGCUUUGUCAAGGGAUACCUCCUUCCUAUGAGGAACAAGACCAGUAAGCGUAAAACUCCUGUGAUGAAGAAGACCCUGAAUCCCCACUACAACCAUACAUUUGUCUACAAUUCUGUGAGACUGGAAGAUCUACAGCACAUGUGCCUGGAACUGACUGUGUGGGACCGGGAGCCCCUGGCCAGCAAUGACUUCCUGGGAGGGGUCAGGCUGGGUGUUGGCACUGGGAUCAGUAAUGGGAAAGUGGUGGACUGGAUGGAUUCAACUGGGGAAGAAGUGAGCCUGUGGCAGAAGAUGCGACAGUACCCAGGAUCUUGGGCAGAAGGAACUCUGCAGCUUCGUUCCUCAAUGGCCAAACAGAAGCUGGGCUCAUGAGCCUUUGUCCUUCUCUGGAAGGACCAGUCAUGUUCAGGGAAAGUCAGAAGAAAUGAGUGCAAAAAAAGCAAACAUUUAUACUUUAUAUGUGUAGAUAAAAAUGUAUUUCUAGAAGUCUAUAUACAGGUUGAUACCUACUUUUUUGGUUUUUGGGC